AUGGAGCCCGUGUCGCUGCAGGACUUCGUGUGCGCCCUGGACCCCGCCUCCCUCCCGCGUGUGCUGCGGGUCUGCUCGGGUGUCUACUUCCAGGGCUCCAUCUACGAGAUCUCUGGGAAUGAGUGCUCCCUCUCCACAGGAGACCUGAUCAAGGUCACCUAUGUUCGCCUCCAGAAGGUGGUCUGCGAGAACCCGGGGACGGGCCAGACCAUGGAGCUCGCUCCCAACUUCCAGGGCAACUUCAGCCCCCUCACUGGCCCCCAGAGCUAUGGAACCCUGGAGGAGCUGGUCUCUGCUGCAACCCAGAGCUCCAAGCAGCUGCCCAUCUGCUUCAUGUCGACCCACAGAAUCACCACCAAGGCCAGGGUGGUGCCUCAGGAGCAGCCCCUCAAGCUUGAGGCUGUGGAAAUGCACCAUGGGACCUGCUGUGCCCGCUGUGUGCUGGGCACCGGGGCCAGGCAGGUCCUUCUGCACCUGCCCUUGUCCCAGAAGGGGCCCUUCUGGGAACUGGAGCCUGGGCCCCCUCGGACUCUGCUCCAGGUGCUGCAGGACCCGGCCCUGAGGGACGCCAUCCUCACCUGCCCCGCCCUCCCCUGGCACUCCCUGACCCUGAUGCCCCAGUAUGAGGUCGAAGCCAUCAUGCACUUGCGCAGGACCAUCGUCAAGAUCCCCUCCACCCUGGAGGUUGACGUGGAGGAUAUCACCGCCUCCUCUCAGCACAUCCACUUCAUGAAACCGCUGCUGCUGAGCGAGGCCCUGGCCCGGGGAGGCCCCUUCCCCCUGCCCACAGAGAUCCUGGAACGGCUGAGUGACCAGCCUGGGGAGGAAGAGGAGGAUGAAGAGGCAGAGGACCAAGAACAGAUUCUGCUGCCCCUCCACUUCUCUGGCAGCUUCGUGGAGGAGAUGGGCGACGGCCGGCGCUACAGCCUGCAGGAUCUGAUUGCCCAGUUCUCACUGCCCUGUGAGGUCAAGGUGGUGGCCAAGGACGCCAGCCACCCUGCUGACCCUCUGCCCUCCUUCCUGGGCCUGCGGCUGGAGGAGAAGAUCAUGGAACCCUUCUUGGUGGUCAGCCUGGACUCCAACCCCGAGAUGUGCUUCGAGGUCCCUCCCCGGUGGCUGGACCUGACUGUCGUGGAAGCCGAGGGGCAGCCAAGCCAGCCGGCUGGGCCCCUCCCCGUAGUCCCAGUGGAGGAGCUGACAGAGGCCUUCUAUUAUCACCUUCGGAAGUCACCGGCCUUUGAGGGUCAAGCUCCCCCGCCCAGGCCUCCGAAAAGUAAGGGCCUCAGAGGGCAGAAGCAGGUCAGCAAGGCGAAAGGCGUCAAGUCUUCUGAAGCCUUCCAAUUGCAGGAACCAUCUCUGCUGCCUAAACCCAAGAGGAAGACCUUGCAAAAGGUCACCAAGGACAGCUGCAAUUUAUACAGUGAGAUUCCUGGUCACAAGAAGGGUCUCAGGCCCACUAAGCCCAUCACUCAGGAUUCAGAUGAUGAACACGAUUACGAAGAAAUGCUUGAGCAGUUUCCGAAAACCCUCUAGGUGCUGGAGGAACCUUACUUCCUAACUGCUGCUUCUCAGGGAACCCGAGAUAUCAGCUAACUCUUACAAGCCUUUAGAGGACCUUGGACAAGGUCUCUCAGAAAUCAGAGUGUGGACAAGGAGUGGCCGGGUGGGGACUAACUGGAAAUAGGAUAGACCCUGCACCAGCUUCCCUCUGGCUUCUCUGGGCCCAGCACCUUGCAUUUGGCUCCUUCAGCCUCGGAGCUUUGGUAUCAAGUAGCCAGCUGGGUUCUACUCAGUCCUGCACCCCAACACCAGCUGUCCCACUGGUUAGCGCAGAAAGGAAUCCAAGAGACUGCCUACCUUGGUGACGGCAGCACAGUGCCUCCUGCCUCUUGAUAAAAGGGACUCAAUCCGGAUCACACACUGCAGCACUGAGAGCCUUUUGUAAUGUUGGCCGCCCCUGCUCCACUCUCUCCUCCCUCUCCCCGUCCCCCACCCAGGCUCUGAGCCCCUGAGGGACCAGGACUGUCUUCCUCAUCUCUGCAGCACCCAGCACAUGACAAUUGUAGGUGACUAUCCAAGAUUAUUUCACUUUAAAACCACAGAAUAAAAAUGAGCUUCCGGAAAAAUGAUAAGAGAUUAUCACUUAUUAAGUUCUGUCUGUGUACCAGACCCUUUACAAACCCUGUCUAAAUCAACUCUCUGAGGUAGACAAGGCCUGGUUUUAAAGAUCGGGAAACAAGCUAGUCUAGUGUGCUUCAGCGGGCAGGCUAGUCAUGGGCCUGGGUCAGGAUCCUUGCUCACCACCUACAAGUGAUUUUAACCUCUCUAAGCUUCAGUUUCUUCACAUGCAAAAUGAAACUAAGUUAUCUACCUCAAAAGAUUGUUUUAAGGAUCGAUUGAGAUAAUAUCUGUAGAGCAUUUAGCACAGUGCCUGGCUCAUAAUAAACAUUCAAUAAACAUGUUAGUAUCGUUACUGUUGACCAAGAUCUGAGAGCUGUACCUGUCUCUAAAACCAACACCCCUUUCACAUGCUUACACUGUCUCCUAGUCAUGGAAUU